UCCAACCUGUCAACGUGAUUUCAUUUCAAAUUGUUUGUUUUCUUGUCAAUAUGGUUGAUUAAAGAUGAUAAAAUAAGUUAUUACAAUGUUCGUGAUAAAACACAAUAUAUUUUGCAAUACCUAAAUUUUACCAACACUACCUCUUCAGAUAAUUCAAAAAUAUGGUGGCCGGUAUUUUAACGAAAGCUUUAUUUUCGUUGGUUUUCAAUAAAGUUCAUUGCGCACAGGGCGGUAGAGACAAUGGUUUUGGAAAUAAUUACGUAUGGGCAGGAUCGCUGGAGUCUGGCCUACAAAUAGCAACACACCACAAGAAGCCAGUAAUGGUCAUAAUUCAUAAAUCAUGGUGUUCAGCUUGCAAGAAUUUGAAACCAAAGUUCGCGAACUCAACUGAAAUCCAAACAUUGAGCAAACACUUCGUAAUGGUGAACCUAUUGGAUGAAGAGGAGCCAAAAAAUCAUACAUAUUCGCCUGAUGGCACUUAUAUACCUCGAAUACUCUUCAUUUCCCCGAAGGGUUCAGUCGACCAUGACAUUUACAACGAGGAGGGGAGCAGCCAACACAAAUACUUCUACAGUCGACCGGAACAAAUUGCCAAAUCAAUGAGAAAAGUCCUCGACAAAUAUAAGUUUGAACGAUUUGAUAAGUAAACAGUACUGAUAGCA